AUGUGGAUUGUGGAAGGAUAUCAUGGAGGUGAAGACCCGUCCACAGACCCGGGCGUGCGCUUCACUAACGAGCCAGCGGACGUGGUGAUAGCGCCCGGCGACAGCGCCCUGCUGCCUUGCUCGGUCAACGCGCGUCGUGGGUUGAGACUGCAAUGGCGGCACAGCGCCACGGGUACUCCGACCAGGGACCAUGCCAUCACCGACACCGACAAAUACAGACGACACCUACCAAACGGCUCCCUGUCCAUCGAGAACAUGUCAGCUUCGCUUGCGGGGCAGUACCAGUGCGUGGCGACCGUCGACGGCAUCGGGACCAUACUCUCGAGGCAGGCCACCGUCUUCUUAGCCGAGGUUCCCGAGGUGGCGGGCGGGCCGCGCUCGGUGCUGGGCUCUGCGGGCGGCGCGGCGCUGCUGCCGUGCGGCGUGCGCGCGCCCCCGCGCCUGGCGCUGCGCCUGCACACGACCGCGCCGCCCGACCGCCGCGUGUACGGCGCCGCGCGUCUGCACAACGCACCGCCCUUGCUCAAACUUAACGUGACGUGGCUGAAGAACGGGUCCCCGGUGCGCAUCGAGAGCGCGCGCAUGUCGCUGACGCCGAGCGGCGCGCUCGAGAUCGAGCCGCUGCGCGCUCACGACGCCGCGCGCUACCGCUGCCGCGUCGCGCUCGCGCACAGCCCGCACACCUACAAAACGAGCGAGGAGACGGAGCUGCGUGUGAGCGCCGAGACAGCGAACGCGGAGUCCCCGCCGCGGUUCAUCGCCACGCCACAACCGCUCACUGUCAUGGAAGGUGCGUCGGUGACGUUCGACUGCGCGGCGGUUGGCAACCCCAAGCCGGAGAUGACGUGGCUCAACAACGGCGCCGCCAUCGACCUCAAUGACCUGGAUUCCCGUUUCUACCUGGUGGGUUCAGGUUCCCUGCGCGUACAGUCGGCGCGCUCACUGGACGCGGGCGCGUACACUUGUCGCGCUCACAAUCGGCUCGACUCCGCAGACUACACCACACAGCUACACGUAUUAACAGCUCCCCGCGUGCACAUAAGCGAAGGCGCCGUGCAGACAGCGCGAGCGCGCGGUGACGUCACUCUGCGCUGUGACGUCAGAGGCCGGCCCACGCCCACUGUGACGUGGCUCAAGGACGGGGACCCGCUCACGCUCAACAACCACGACAUCGCACUCGUCGACGGAACGUCGCUGCGCAUCCAAGGCGUGCUGCGCGUGGACGCGGGCAUGUUCCAGUGCGCGGCCACGUCCGCGGCCGGCUCCGCCGCCUCGGCGCUGCGCCUCGUUGUGUUGCCGCCGCUGGACGACUUUAGCAACACCACAGUUGAAGCCCCACCUUCGCCGAACACCACGCAUGACAUCUUCACAACUCUUGUCUCAGAUCAUGACCCCGUAGAACCUACGCCUGAUGACCCUGACUUUUUAGGCGAAACGUCAUCGGCAUACACGUCCGGUCCUGAUCUAGAAUACGACGACAACUAUGAUGAUGACGAUGAUGAAAGUUCACUGACUAGUUAUGAUGGGGACGAUUCAUCAUUUAAUAAAAAUGAUUUAUCUGACAAAGAUACGAAUGCGCUUGAUACUUCUGGUGUUGAUAAUGAUGAUACAAUACUAAAUACUGGGUUAAAUGAUGAUGAUGACUCUUUUCAUGCUGCCAAAGGAUUGGACUUAGACUUAGAAACGUUAAAGUCUGCGAAUGCAAGUGUAGUGUCACCACCGCGGUCGUUAAAGGCCGUCAUAAUAAAGCAUAGGUUCGUGACAUUGAGUUGGGAGGAACCGCAACACAAAGGCGAGGAGGUCACCGGAUACGCUGUCAUUUAUAAAGUUAAAGGAAGUGAAAGGGAGCGCGUGGCGAGAGGCGGCGCGUCGCGGCACGAGACCAACGUGGCGUCCCUGCAGCCCAACACCACCUACCAGUUCGCGGUCAUCGCCUACACCGAGCACGGCACUUCGCCUCCCAGUGAAAUGAUUGAAGUGCGUACUUCGGAAGAGGAAGUGAGUCACGGCCCUCCGAUGAACGUGCGCGUGGAGAGCAUGGGCCCUCACGCGCUGCGCGUGACCUGGUCUCCGCCGCUACAGCAGCCCGCGCCCACCAAGUAUUCUAUACACUACACCGAGGUGGAGAGCGGUCGCGAGCAGUUUCACUGGGUGGAGGCGCCGGCGCAGGGCCCCAUCUCGCACACGCUGAGCGGGCUGCGCGCGGCGUGCGCCUACUCGCUGCGCGUGGCGGCGGCGGGCGGCGCGCCGGCCGAGCUGCGCGCGCGCACCCUCAGCGACGCGCCCGCCGCCGCGCCGCUCAACGUCUCCGCCCUCGCCACCAGCGCCAACUCCAUCUUAGUCCGUUGGGAGGCUCCCCCUACCCGCACACACCGCGGCCCGCUCACCGGCUACAAGGUCCGCUACCGCGCCCUCCCCUCGCUCGCCGCCUCCGCACCUCCGGGGGGAGGGGGGGCGGUGAGCGGCUCCGGCCCGCCGGGGAGGCGGAAAGCGGACUCUCUCACGACGCCCGCGGACCAGAGAAGAGCCGAGCUGAGACCUUUGGAAACUGCAACUACUUAUCAGAUUCGAGUGUGCGCGAUAAAUGCCAACGGGUCGGGUCCGUUCAGUGAGUGGGUGACAGCGAGCACUCAGCGCCAGGAGCUGGACGAAAGCAGAGUACCGCCGCCACCUCCCGCCCUCACAACUCGAGCCGGCCGCGACUGGAUAUCGGUGUGGUGGUCGGACGAGGACCCCACCAGCGAGGUCGGGGUGGUGGUGCGGGGCUACGUGCUAGGGUGGGGACUGGGCGUACCCGACGAUGCCUCCAGGGAGCUUCCCGCUCAUCUCCACUCACAUGUUAUCAGAGGACUCGAAUCAAAUUCCGAGUAUGUGAUAUCCCUACGCGCUAGUAACUCGCGCGGUCUCGGUCCCGCCGUCUACGCCACCGUGCGGACCAAACCGCCAGCGGCUAAUGAAGAUGAGUUAGACGGUGAUGAUGAAGAGAGCGAAGAUGACGAUGACGACGAAAAUGAACCACCACCUCUCAUACCGCCCGUUGGAGUUAAGGUUAUAAUGUUAAGUGGGACAACAGCGGUAGUCUACUGGACGGAUCCUUCGCUACCAAAAGGACAGACAGCGACGGACGGUCGGCGCUACGUGGUCCGCUGGUCGAGCGCGGGCGGUCGGGUCCGCACCUUCAACGCGACCGACCUCAACUGCAUGCUCGACGAGCUCAGGCCCUACACGCUUUACGAGUUCGCUGUUAAGCUUAUCAAAGGUGGUCGUGAAUCAUCGUGGUCGAUGAUAGUGUCCAACACAACGCUAGAGUCAGCCCCCGGCUCCCCCCCGCGGGAGCUGCGCCCCUCCCCGGCCCCGCCUCCCGCCUCACCCGCGAGGGCUGUGGACUUGGUGUGGCAGCCUCCUACCAAACCUAAUGGAGUUAUUACUGGUUACGUUAUAAUGUACGCGGUUUCACGCGGCGGCAACAACGAGGAAUGGACGGCAAUAGCAGCAUUGGGCGACAGAACCCGAGCGAGAGUGGAGCGAUUGAGAGCUAGAACAACCUAUCUGUUCAAGCUGCAGGCGAGGAACUCCAAGGGUUUGGGGCCUUUCUGUACUCCUGUGACAUACACCACCGCCAUGGAGUCGGGCGAGGGCGGCGGGCUGGCCAGCGCCACGUCGGCGUGGCUGUGGGCGAGCGCGGGCGGCGCCUGCGCAGUGCUGGCGCUGGCGGCCGCGCUGGCGCUGUCCUUGUGCUGUCGCCGCUCCACGCCACCGCUCUCUCCGGACACCAGCACGUACCAGAAAUCGUCCGCCUCGGCCGGUAUCAAACCCCCGGAUCUGUGGAUCCAUCACGACCAAAUGGAACUGAAGCAUAUGGACAAGAGUCUACACAGCUCAGCUAUAUCAGCCAGCAGCGCGGACGUGGGGGGUGCGGCGCUGGUCUCGUCGACCCUGACCCUAGGCAGGGCUCCCCCUGUGGAGUAUGAGCCUGCGAGACACCAGGCGCCGCCCCCCGCCUCUCUCGAUCGGAGACACUACGUGCCCACUUAUGUCGCUUGCGACGUGGGCUGGGCGGCCGAGUCCCGCUCCACGUCGGCGGCCGGCAGCGACGACACGGCGCCCCUCCGCUCCUCGCCCGCCCCCCUCGCGCCGCCCGCCCCCCUGCCGCCCCCCGCGCACUGCCGCCGCUGUGACACGUGUGACUAUCUCGCUAAAUCAUCUAUGACAGGCAUGGGUGUGGGCGUGGGCGUAGGAGGUGUGGGCUGCGCCUCCACCUGCGACAGGCGACAACACGCCAGGAUGCAGCAUCCUGAUCAGAGCACGCCGCUGCUGUCGGGCGUGGCGCCGCUGGGCUCGCCGCAGGCCUCGCUCGCCUCGCUGGCGCCGCACGCGCACGCGCAGCACGCGCAGCACGCGCCCUGCGGUUCGGGCGCGUGUCCGCUGAGCGCGACGUGCUCGGUGGUGGGCCCGGCCGGGGACAUCUACGCGUCCUCCGCCAGGGAGAGGGGCCACUACGUCGCGUAUGAACCUCUCGGGCACUACACGCAUCGCGACUCGCUGAGCAGCGAGCCGACGGGCGCAGGGGGCACGCUGCCCACGUCGAGCUCGGCGCCCGGUGGGGGCCCCGGGGCCGGUGGGGGCCCCGCGGCCGCGGGCUCGCUGCAGCGCCGCGCCCACCUGGGGGGGCACGGGGCCCCGCUCCACAGCUUCGCGCUCGACAACACCUCCGACCACUCCACGCCCACGCACUCGCACUCACACUCGCAUUCUAGAGGUAGCGUGCGAGAGACGUCCCCGUACAAGAAGAGCGCCAGCUCGUCGCCCGGACACAUCCCCAACCGCCUGCAGCUCGGAGGCAACGUCGCCCACUGCUCCGAAGAGCUGGAGCCCCUGACUCCGUCGCGCUCCACGGAGCGGCUGCACCGCGAGAUGCAGAACCUCGAGGGUCUGAUGAAGGACCUGUCCGCUAUAACUCAGCAGCAGUUCCACUGCUAG